CAAUUCCAGAGACACACAGGGACCUCAGAACAAAGAUAAGGCAUCGCUGACACUACACCGGGACGAGCUCACAGGAAAGUCAGGCCAGGGGGGACCAAAGCCAGGCAGCCAGGAGCACCCGAGGCAGGAAAAUGAGGUGGCUCCUUCUCUAUCAUGCUCUGUGCUUCUCCUUGUUGAAGGCUUCAGCCCACACUGUGAAGCUUAACGAUAUGUUUGGCCAGAUCCAGUCACCUGGCUAUCCAGACUCCUAUCCGAGUGACUCAGAGGUGACUUGGAAUAUCACUGUCCCAGAGGGAUUUCGGAUCAAGCUUUACUUCAUGCACUUCAACUUGGAAUCCUCCUACCUUUGCGAAUAUGACUAUGUGAAGGUAGAAACUGAAGACCAAGUGCUGGCAACUUUCUGUGGCAGGGAGACUACAGAUACAGAGCAGACCCCUGGCCAGGAAGUGGUCCUUUCCCCUGGCUCCUUCAUGUCCAUCACUUUCCGGUCAGAUUUUUCUAAUGAGGAGCGAUUCACAGGCUUUGAUGCCCACUACAUGGCUAUGGAUGUGGACGAGUGUGCAGAGCGGGAGGACGAGGAGCUGUCCUGCGACCACCACUGCCACAACUACAUCGGCGGCUUCUACUGCUCCUGCCGCUUCGGCUACAUCCUCCACACAGACAACAGGACCUGCCGAGUGGAGUGCAGUGACAACCUCUUUACCCAGAGGACCGGCGUGAUCACCAGCCCUGACUUCCCCAAUCCUUAUCCCAAGAGCUCUGAAUGCUUCUAUGUGAUUGCGCUGGAAGAGGGUUUCAUGAUCAGCCUGCAGUUUGAGGACAUUUUUGACAUUGAGGACCAUCCUGAGGUGCCUUGCCCCUAUGACUUCAUCAAGAUUAAAGCUGGCCCAAAUGUUUUGGGGCCCUUCUGUGGAGAGAGAGCCCCAGGACCCAUCAAUACCCAGAGCCACAGUGUCCAGAUCCUGUUCCGCAGUGACAACUCGGGAGAGAACCGGGGCUGGAGGCUCUCAUAUAGGGCGACAGGGAAUGAGUGUCCAGACCUACAGCCACCUGUCCAUGGAAAAAUUGAGCCCGUGCAAGCCAAGUAUUCUUUCAAAGACCAGGUGCUCAUCAGCUGUGACAUGGGCUACAAAGUGCUGAAGGAUAAUGUGGAGAUGGACACAUUCCAAAUCGAGUGCCUGAAGGAUGGGACAUGGAGUAACAAGAUUCCCACCUGUAAAAUUGCAGACUGUGGAGCCCCAGCAGAGCUGCAACAUGGGCUGGUCACCUUCUCCACCAGGAGCAACCUUACCACAUACAAAUCUGAGAUUAGAUACUCCUGCCAGCAGCCCUACUACAAGAUGCUCCACAAUAUCACAGGUAUAUACUCCUGUUCUGCCCAAGGAGUCUGGAUGAAUGAAGUCCUAGGGAGAAGUCAGCCCACCUGCCUGCCAGUGUGUGGGCUCCCCAGGGUCGCCCGGAAGCUGAUGGCCAGGAUCUUCAAUGGACGCCCAGCCCAGAGGGGCACCACCCCCUGGAUAGCCAUGCUGUCAUACCCGAAUGGACAACCCUUCUGUGGGGGCUCCCUUCUAGGAUCCAACUGGAUUGUGACCGCGGCUCACUGCCUCUACCGGCCUCUCAAUCCUGAGGACCCCACUGUAUACAACUCAUACCUGCUCAGCCCUUCUGACUUCAAAGUCAUCGUGGGCAAGCACUGGAGGCUCCGUUCAGAUGGGAAUGAGCAGCAUCUGAGAGUCAAACAUGUUUUUCUCCAUCCCCUGUACCACCCCACAACUUUUGAGAAUGACGUGGCUCUGGUGGAGCUGUCGGAGGGCCCGGUGCUGAACGACUUUGUGAUGCCCAUCUGUCUGCCCCACCGGCCCCCACAGGAAGGGGCCAUGGUCAUCGUCAGUGGCUGGGGGAAGCAGUUCUUGCAGAGGUUCCCAGAGACCCUGAUGGAGAUCGAAAUCCCAAUCAUUGACCACCGCACCUGCCAGGAAGCCUAUGCCCCGGUGAAGAAUAAAGUGACCAGGGACAUGAUCUGUGCUGGGGAGAAAGAAGGCGGGAAGGAUGCCUGUGCAGGUGACUCUGGAGGCCCCAUGGUGACCCUAGAUACUGAGAAAGGCCAGUGGUACCUGGUGGGCACGGUGUCCUGGGGCGACGACUGUGAGAAGAAGGACCGCUAUGGAGUGUAUUCCUACAUCUACCACAACAAGAACUGGAUCCAGAGGGUCACUGGGAUGCAGAACUGAAUUCCAUUACUCAGCCCCCUUACCACCCAUCUGUGGUCAGUUAGUAGCAGAGGAUAAUUAUCUGGUGCAAGACGCCCCUUGCCCUUCACCCAGCUCGUCAGCCCACCCAUACAUUCAGACCAAUAAAGGGGGCAUCUCAGCCCCCUUUUCAUUCAUUUUAAAGGAUAGUAGUUGAGUGAUCAGAGCACAAGGUCAUACCCAGGCCCUAUCAUUCUCUGGCUUUGCAGCCCUGGGCUUUCCCAACCUCACCUCUUUGAACCUCAGUCUCUUCAGCCAUAUUAUAGAAAUAGCACACCUGAUCUACCUCAAAGAAGUCUGAUGAGGAUUAAAUUAAUUAAUUUACACAAGAACUUAGCACAGUGCAGGCAUAAACUAAGUGCUCCAUAAAUGUGACUUAGCAGAAGAUCAGUGUGUCUCCCAGGCAGCUGAAGUUCUCUUACAAAUCCUGGCUUGUGGUCUCAGGGCUGAUCAGUGUGCACCCUUACCCUGAGCCUUGACCAUCUCCUUCAUCUGCCUCCAAAUGUUCUAUGCUUCUCUGCUACCAUGCAUCCCUCCCAAACCCAAUUCUCGCUCCCUAUAAAAAAGUAAAAAAGACAAGGUUUUUAGUCCUAUAGCAUGUCCCAUGGCAAUGCACUUAUGAACAUGAACUAGACACCAAAUUAUGAGAGCGUUGAAAGAAGCAGGGCAGGGAGGGAUCCUCAGACACCAGGUUCUAGAACCAGCUGCACCCCCAGCUCCCUGUGUGACUCUGUAUGCAAGCCCAUUCCUCUCACCCAAAGGACCCUCCCAAACUGACAAUCUAGGAUGCUACAGAGCCAUUUUUCCCUCCCAGGUUCUGACAAUCUAGGAGGCAACAAAUCCAUUUUUCCUUGAUGAGAUGCAUUAAAGCCAAAGUGACCAAAAGGCAAAAGGUUCCAAAGAGCUUUGACGUGAAUCAGAUACCACUGUCGCAGCACAUAUCCCUUGUCCACCAUAUCCUGGUUCCUGAGGUUGUAGGCCCGGCAAAGCACUCGCCAAGGAAAUUUGCCUUAUUCCUAAACAGCAUCUACUCUAGACGCCCGCCUCCUUCCCUUCAUAGGGGCCUGAGCUGCAUAAGGUCAGCCCUGGUAAGCUAGACCCAGGCCCCCUGCACUCUCCCUCCCAAUGUCCACAGCUGACCCCAAGCAGCCAUUCCUCUGUUCCUCACCCCUGUUCCUCACCCUGAUCACCCCAGCCCUACAAGGUCAUUAGUAUUUCCCAAGCAAAACGCCUUUCCCCUACAAGAGCUACCUCCUCUCUCAGGAAGUUUCCAGAGACCUCCCCUCCAGAGCUCUGAGAUUUAAGCCCUCAGGGGAUCAGAAGCCCCAUGACCCUGUUCUCUGUUCUAUCAAAAUUUGUCUUCAUAGGAGAUUUCAGUUCUCAACCUGCCUUGCAGCUGUUGGAGUCAUUUAGGGUCUCUUGCUGAAAGAAGAUACAGAGGAAUGAGAACUUAAUGGACACUAAGCCCUAGGCUGAACGCUCAGGGGCAGCAGUUCACAGCCUGCCUCUGGUUCUAUGAGCAAGUCGUUCUACCUCUCUGUGCUCUGCUGUCUUCUCCGGAAAGGGAAGAUGGCAAUGGUACCCAACUCCAUGAUUCAUCAAGCAAGCUGGAGCUCUGCUUCAGACACCAAAGAACUGCAAUACUAAGUUUUAGGAUUGCUCUAAAGCAUUCCAAAACACCAUACCUCCCCAUUUCAUGGCACAGCCUAGACAGCCCUCUGCCAGUGCUGACUGCUCUGGAGAUUACAGAGAUGAGGGGAACAUGACUCAUACCUCCCAGAGCUCCUCCAGGAAGAGCUGACACAUGCACAAAUGACUACCAUGAACAGAAUGGAUCCCACCAAGUGCUAUGUUGUGGAGCAGCACGGAGGCAGAAGAAUGGCCAUUCCAGUAUGGAGGCACUGGAGAGGGAAAAUCAGGAAGGCAAUCCAGAGGAGAUGGUGUUGGAGCUGUUCAAACCUUUGGGAGGGUGGGCAUUUCCAUAGGCAUGAUGGAGGAGGCCCUCCAGGUGGAAGGAGAACAUGAGUCCCCUCAGGCUUUCCUCCAAUUGCACUAGCUUCUCUCACACAAAUGACAGUCUAGUAGGCCAGCAUUCUGAUUCUGGAAUCAGAACCAACAUCUAAGAGUCUUUCUCUUUCCUUAAAGUCGGACAACAGUGGGACUUGAAACAGGCUCAGGAUUUGUGUACAAACACUGACCUCUGGCUAUACCCAGUUUACCGAGUUUAUUACCCCCGUUGCACAUGCAUCCUUAUUCUGAGGAACUAAAUGUGCUAAAUGUGUCUAAAUGUGCUGUGGAACUUCAGCUCACUCUUAAUCUACAGCAGUUAUUACAUGUCAGGUCCUGCAUGGCUGCUAAGGUCCCAGAAACCCAAAUCUCUCACACAGUCAUGGAAGCAGAGGGUUGGAGUAUCUGUUAGGACCACCUUAUCUAACUCCACAACCACGUUCUUGAGCAUUUCAAGAGACAGGAAACAUUUCCUCCAAAUGUAGCCCAUUCCAGCUUCAAAAGGUGCUGCCUCUUAGAAGGAUCUCUCUUCUAUGCAACCAAAUUCCACCUCCCUAGAAUAUGGUUCCUAUAUAAAAAGCUAUAAUUUGAUACCAUGGAUGUUGUUAUCAAUAGCGAUCAUGCCAUUUUUAUCAUCAACAGAAGUGGUUGUUCCCAUGGGUAACUACACAUUGGUCCCAAUAAACAUCUGCUUUGAGUCAAA